AUGAUACUAGCUGUAAUUUUCCUGAUUCCAUUUUCUCAGGCAUCUGGAAACUUUUCAUUAUCGUCUAGUCCAAAAUGCACAGUUUUAUCCGAUUGCCCAAAAAAUUUCGCAGCGUGUAUGAAUGUCACCGGGCUUAGCGAAAAGAGAUGUGUCAAGGAUACCAAACAAAUCUGCAUUGGCGGCAUGCCGGACACCCCUGUCAAACCUUGUAACCGAUCAAGAGAUUGUACAGCAUCCUUGGAGAGAUACAGUGGCUGGUGUGAUCUUGAGACCAAAUUUUGCUGCAAUGUUGACCCAAAAGCCGCUGAUUCGCCGUUUUGUCCUGACAGAAUAACUCCAUUGUAUGGCCAAGAAAAGUGUAAAGACGUCGAAAAGGGAAUGGUGUAUUCUGGAAGUAGUGAUCAACGUGGUGGCCUCUGUUACAAGGGGUAUAGCUGCCCACCAAAAAUAACUCGCCCAACCGACCUGACAUUCGGAAGUAUGACAUUUCGAACCAACAUGGACUGUUUUUCGACGGAAAAAGUGGAUACCAAAUACAAUUUCAUGUUCUGUCACAACGAGACAGGUAAUUUGUGGGUGAUAGGACAAUUGAAUUUGAAUGGAGAAGAAGUGAUGAAGCAUUGGAAACAAUGCGAUUUGAACACUGAUUGUGGAGAAGGACUCGUUUGUGUUAAGGAGGAUUUGUGUCGGUAUAGGUGUUAUGAGGAUCCGACGAUGGUCAUGAAUUACGACUGGGUGGUGGCUCAACUCAGUGCGAUGUUCCUGCUCCCGCUAAUUUUUCUGAUCAGCAUUAUUUUUUUUACAGUCAAGUACUUGGAUUAA